GGCCCGUGCUUCCCUUGGGGGCGGCCCUGGCACCGCCCGGGCUCCGGCCCGGGGAGCGGGGAGGGACAGAUGGACACACGGAGGGACCGCUGACACCGGAGUGACCUGGGAGCCCGGCGUGACCGGCGGGGUCGGGCACGGGGCUGGUAGCCAUGGGCCCGUGAAUGCUGCCGGCUGCGCUGCUCCUGCUCGCUGUGCUGCUGCUCGUUUGGGCUAAAAUGUCCAACUCUCGGUGCGAGCAGGAGAAGGAGCCGGAGGAGAGCCCCGCGGGGCUGCCCCCCGCAGCCGGGCCCUCGGCUCAGCCGAGCCCCGCGGGCCGGCAGAGCCCCCCGGGCCGGCAGAGCCCCCCGGGCCGGCAGCCGCCGCCGCGGGCCGGGCGGGCGGGCGCGGAGCAGGAGCAGCUCGCCGUGUACAACCCCGCGGCGCUGCGCCGCCCGGCCCUCGCCAAGUUCGUGCUGGGCUCCUUCGACGACAACUCCUCCGAUGAUGAGCUGAUGGCCACGGCCUUCAGGGUGGGCCGGCGGCGCAGCAGCCUGGCCGGGGUGGCGGGUACCGUCCCCGAGCCCCCCACCGUGAGCGCCCUUCUGGAGCCCAGCGCCGGCAUCAGGCCCAGCAUGUCGGGGCUGAGCCUGGCAAAGAGGAGCCACAGGAAGAUGGACUUGCAGCGGGAUUUUUCCGUUGCCUCCCCAGCCGAGUUCGUCACCCGCUUUGGGGGCAACCGUGUCAUCGAGAAGGUCCUCAUUGCCAACAAUGGCAUUGCUGCUGUGAAGUGCAUGCGCUCCAUCCGCCGCUGGGCCUACGAGAUGUUCCGCAACGAGCGCGCCAUUCGCUUCGUGGUCAUGGUCACCCCCGAGGACCUCAAGGCUAACGCAGAGUACAUCAAGAUGGCAGAUCACUACGUGCCAGUCCCUGGAGGGACAAACAACAACAACUACGCCAACGUGGAGCUGAUCGUGGACAUUUCCAAACGGAUCCCAGUCCAGGCGGUGUGGGCUGGCUGGGGACACGCCUCAGAGAACCACAAGUUGCCAGAGCUGCUGCAGAAAAAUGGGAUAGCUUUCCUAGGUCCCCCCAGUGAUGCCAUGUGGGCGCUGGGGGACAAAGUCGCCUCCACCAUCGUGGCUCAGACCCUGGAGAUCCCCACAUUGCCAUGGAGUGGGAGUGGUCUGGUGGCUCAGUGGUCUGAGGAAGACCAGAAUCAUCAGCAGGCCAUCAGCAUCCCCCUGGAGACGUAUGCACAGGGCUGCGUGAAGGACGUGGAGGAAGGCCUGGAGGUGGCCAUAAGGAUCGGCUACCCCCUGAUGAUCAAGGCAGCAGAAGGUGGCGGGGGAAAAGGCAUCCGAAAAGUGGAGACAGCAGAGGAAUUUAGUGCCUGUUUCCGGCAGGUGCAGGCGGAGGCGCCCGGAUCCCCCAUUUUCCUGAUGCAGCUGGCGCAGCAUGCGAGGCACAUGGAGGUGCAGGUCCUGGCAGAUGAGUACGGCAACGCCAUCUCCCUCUUCAGCCGGGACUGCUCCAUCCAGCGCCGCCACCAGAAGAUCAUCGAGGAGGCACCCGCCACCAUCGCUGCCCCCACUGUCACCGAGAUGAUGGAGAAGUGCGCUGUCCGCCUGGCCCAGAUGGUUGGGUACGUCAGCGCAGGCACCGUGGAGUAUCUGUACGGGGAGGACGGGAGCUUCCACUUCCUGGAGCUGAACCCCCGGCUGCAGGUGGAGCACCCGUGCACGGAGAUGGUGGCGGACGUGAACCUCCCAGCUGCCCAGCUGCAGAUUGCAAUGGGCAUCCCCUUGCACAGGAUAAAAGACAUCCGGGUGCUGUAUGGGGAGAGCCCCUGGGGGGACACCCCCAUCUGCUUCCACAGCCCCUCCAACCCCCCCGUGCCCAGGGGCCAUGUCAUUGCUGCCCGGAUCACCAGCGAGAACCCCGAGGAGGGUUUCAAGCCCAGCUCGGGGACGGUGCAGGAGCUGAACUUCCGCAGCAGCAAGAAUGUCUGGGGGUACUUCAGCGUGGCAGCAGCUGGGGGACUGCAUGAAUUUGCUGAUUCCCAGUUUGGACACUGCUUCUCAUGGGGAGAGAACCGGGAGGAGGCCACCUCGAACAUGGUGGUGGCCCUGAAGGAGCUGUCUAUCCGUGGGGAUUUCCGGACCACGGUGGAGUACCUGAUCAAGCUGCUGGAGACAGAGAGCUUCCAGAACAACGAGAUACACACGGGCUGGCUGGACGACCUGAUUGCUGAGAAAAUGCAGGCAGAGAAGCCAGACACGAUGCUGGGGGUUGUCUGUGGUGCCCUGAACGUGGCAGAUGCUGCUUUCAGAACAUGCAUGACUGACUUCCUGCACACGCUGGAGAGGGGCCAGGUGCUGCCAGCAGCCUCUUUGCUGAACAUUGUCGAUGUGGAGCUCCUCUAUGAGGGAGUGAAGUACAUUCUCCAGGUGGCCCGCCAGUCACUGACCACCUACGUGGUCAUCAUGAACCGCACGCACAUCGAGAUCGACGUGCACCGGCUCAACGAUGGGGGCCUGCUGCUCUCCUACGAUGGCUGCAGCUACACCACCUACAUGAAAGAGGAGAUCGACAGGUACCGGAUCACCAUCGGCAACAAAACGUGCACCUUCGAGAAGGAGAAGGACCCAACAGUGUUGCGCUCGCCCUGCGCGGGGAAGCUGCUGCAGUACAUGGUGGAGGAUGGUGGCCACGUGGACGAGGGGAAGGUUUAUGCAGAGAUCGAGGUGAUGAAGAUCAUCAUGACGCUGGCGGUGGAGGAGGCGGGCCAGCUGCACUACGUCAAGCGGCCGGGAGCGCUGCUGGAGGCCGGCUGUGUCAUUGCCCGCCUCGAACUCGAUGAUCCCUCCAAAGUGAAGCCUGCACAGCCAUUCACAGGGCAGCUCCCAGCCCAGCAGACCCUCCCCAUCACUGGUGAGAAGCAGCACCAGGUUCUACGCAACGUUCUGGACAACCUGACCAAUGUCAUGAACGGCUACUGCCUGCCAGAGCCCUACUUCAAGACCAAGGUGAAGGAAUGGGUGGCACAGCUGAUGAAGACCCUGCGGGACCCUGCCCUUCCCCUGCUGGAGCUGCAGGAGAUCAUGACGAGCAUUUCGGGACGAAUCCCGCUGGCUGUGGAGAAGUCCAUCCGGAAGGUGAUGGCGCAGUACGCCAGCAACAUCACCUCCGUGCUCUGCCGCUUCCCCAGCCAACAGAUUGCCAAUGUGCUGGACACCCACGCAGCCACGCUGCAGAGGAAGGCUGAGCGGGAGGUCUUCUUCAUGAACACACAGAGCCUGGUGCAGCUGGUACAGAGGUACCGCAGCGGCAUCCGGGGCUACAUGAAGGCAGUGGUGCUGGACCUGCUCAGGCGCUACCUGCAAGUGGAGACACAGUUCCAGCAUGGUGAGGGCUUGGGGCUCUCUGGGGGAGCUGCAGGGCUCUCUGGAGGAGCUGCAGGGCUCACCAGACCCUGCCCCACAGCUCACUACGACAAGUGUGUCAUCAGCCUGCGGGAGCAAUGCAAACCCAACAUGACCCCCGUGCUGGAGAGCAUCUUCUCCCAUGCCCAGGUGGCCAAGAAGAACCAGCUGGUGAUCAUGUUAAUUGACCAGCUGUGUAGCCGUGACCCCACGCUGACAGAUGAGCUGACGACCAUCCUCCAUGAGCUGACACAGCUCAGCAAGACCGAGCACUCCAAAGUGGCACUGAGAGCCCGGCAGGUGCUAAUUGCCUCUCACAUGCCCUCCUAUGAGCUGCGGCACAACCAGGUUGAGUCCAUCUUCAUCUCUGCUAUUGACAUGUAUGGACAUGAGUACUGCCCUGAGAACCUGAAGAAACUGAUCCUGUCAGAAACCUCCAUUUUUGAUGUGCUUCCUGUGUUCUUCUACCACACCAACAAGGUGGUGCGCAUGGCAGCGCUGGAGGUGUACGUGCGGCGGGGGUACAUCGCCUAUGAGCUGCACAGCCUGCAGCACCAGCAGCUCUCUGAUGGCACCUGCCUCGUGGAGUUCCAGUUCAUGCUGCCCUCCUCCCACCCCAACAGGGUGUCCGUCCCUAUCAGCAUCUCCAACCCUGACCUGGCCCGGCACAGCACUGAGCUCUUCAUGGACAGCGGCUUCUCCCCCACGAGCCAGAGGAUGGGAGUCAUGGUGGCCUUCCGCAGAUUUGAGGACUUCACAAGGAACUUCGAUGAAGUGAUCUCGUGCUUUGCCAACUCCUCGUCGGACAGCGGGCUCCUCAGUGAUGCACAGGCCACCACCUACGAUGAGGAGGACACCAAGAACAUCCGUGAGGAGCCAAUCCACAUCCUCAACAUCGCGCUCUGCUCAGCUGACCACAUGGAAGAUGAGAAGCUGGUGCCCAUCUUCAGAGCCUUUGCCCAGUCCAAGAAAAAUAUCCUCGUUGAACGUGGUCUCCGGAGAAUCACAUUCCUCAUUGCCCAGCAGAGAGAAUUCCCAAAGUUCUUCACCUUCAGAGCCAGGGACGAGUUCGCAGAGGAUCGGAUCUACCGGCACCUGGAGCCGGCGCUCGCCUUCCAGCUGGAGCUGAGCCGCAUGCGCAACUUCGACCUGAUGGCCAUCCCCUGUGCCAACCACAAGAUGCACCUGUACCUGGGGGCUGCCAAGGUUCAGGCGGGCACCGAGGCCACCGACUACCGCUUCUUCAUCCGCGCCAUCGUGCGCCACUCCGACCUCAUCACCAAGGAGGCUUCCUUCGAGUACCUGCAGAACGAGGGCGAGCGGCUGCUCCUGGAGGCCAUGGAUGAGCUGGAGGUGGCCUUCAACAACACCAUCGUGCGCACUGACUGCAACCACAUCUUCCUCAACUUUGUGCCCACUGUCAUCAUGGACCCGUCCAAGAUCGAGGAGUCGGUGCGCUCCAUGGUGAUGCGCUACGGCAGCCGCCUCUGGAAGCUGCGGGUGCUGCAGGCUGAGGUGAAGAUCAACAUCCGCCUGACACCCACUACCACCACCGCCAUCCCCAUCCGCCUCUUCCUCACCAAUGAGUCUGGAUAUUACCUGGACAUCAGCCUCUACAAGGAAGUGAGGGACCCCAGCACUGGCAGCAUCAUGUUCCAGUCGUAUGGGGACAAGCAGGGGCCGCAGCAUGGGAUGCUCAUCAACACCCCCUAUGUCACCAAGGACCUGCUUCAGGCCAAGCGGUUCCAGGCACAGUCCUUGGGCACCACCUACGUAUAUGACUUCCCAGAGAUGAUCAGGCAGGCUCUCUUCAAGCUGUGGGGCUCCUCGGACCUGUAUCCCAAGGACAUCUUGACCUACACUGAGCUGGUCCUGGACUCUCAGGGGCACCUUGUGCAGAUGAACAGGGUCCCUGGAGGGAAUGAGGUGGGGAUGGUUGCUUUCAAAAUGAAGCUGAAGACCCCCGAGUACCCCAAAGGCCGGGACAUUGUGCUCAUCUGCAACGACAUCACACACAAGAUUGGCUCCUUUGGGCCUGAGGAGGACCUGGUGUUCCUGAGGGCCUCGGAGCUGGCACGGGCUGAGGGCAUCCCCCGCAUCUACAUCGCUGCCAACAGCGGUGCCCGCAUCGGCUUCGCUGACGAGAUCAAGCACAUGUUCCAGGUGGCCUGGUUGGACCCAGCUGAGCCCUACAAGGGGUUCAGGUACCUGUACCUGACUCCCCAGGACUACACGAGGAUCAGCGCCAUGAACUCGGUGCGCUGUGAGCAUGUGGAGGAAGGUGGAGAGUCCAGGUAUGUCCUGCUGGACAUCAUUGGGAAGGACAAUGGAUUUGGGGUGGAAAACCUGAGAGCUGCUGGUACCAUUGCUGGGGAGUCCUCCCGUGCCUAUGAUGAAAUAGUGACCAUCAGCAUGGUGACCUGUCGUGCCAUCGGGAUCGGUGCCUACCUGGUGAGGCUGGGCCAGCGUGUCAUCCAGGUGGAGAACUCCCACAUCAUCCUCACGGGUGUCACGGCUCUCAACAAGGUGCUGGGACGGGAGGUUUACACAUCCAACAACCAGCUGGGAGGAGUGCAGAUCAUGCACAACAAUGGCGUUUCCCAUGUCACUGUCCCAGAUGACUUUGAGGGGGUCUACACCAUCCUGCAGUGGCUCUCAUACAUACCCAAGGAUAACCAGAGCCCAGUACCUGUCACUGCCAUAAGUGACCCCGUUGAAAGAGAAAUUGAUUUUGUUCCUUCCAAAGUCCCCUAUGACCCCAGGUGGAUGCUGGCAGGGAGACCCCAUCCAACUCUCAAAGGGACCUGGCAGAGUGGCUUCUUCGACCAGGGCAGCUUCAUGGAGAUCAUGAAGCCGUGGGCUCAGACCGUGGUGGUCGGCAGAGCGAGGCUGGGAGGUCUCCCCGUGGGCGUCAUUGCUGUUGAGACCCGCACUGUGGAGGUGACAAUACCCGCUGACCCUGCCAACCUGGACUCAGAGGCAAAGAUAAUCCAGCAGGCUGGACAGGUCUGGUUCCCAGACUCUGCUUUUAAAACAGCCCAGGCCAUUCGGGACUUCAACCGGGAACACCUCCCACUGAUGAUCUUUGCCAACUGGAGAGGCUUCUCCAGCGGCAUGAAAGACAUGUACGACCAGAUGCUGAAGUUCGGUGCCUUUAUCGUGGACAGCCUGCGGGACUUCAAGCAGCCUGUCCUGGUGUACAUCCCCCCUCACGCCGAGCUGCGCGGCGGCUCCUGGGUGGUCAUCGACUCCACCAUCAACCCCCUGCACGUGGAGCUCUACGCUGACAAGGAGAGCAGGGGAGGCAUUUUGGAGCCUGGAGGAACAGUGGAGAUUAAGUUCAGAAAGAAGGAUUUGGUGAAGACCAUGAGAAGGAUCGAUACAGUUUAUGCUGGGAUUGUUGAACAGUUGGGGUCCCCCGAGCUGUCGGAGGCGCAGCGCAAGCAGCUGGAGAAGCAGCAGAAGGCGCGGGAGGAGCUGCUGCUGCCCGUGUACCACCAGGUGGCCGUGCGCUUCGCAGACCUGCACGACACCCCGGGCCGCAUGCAGGAGAAAGGGGUCAUCACGGACAUCCUGGAGUGGAAGAGCGCCCGCUCCUUCCUCUACUGGAGGCUGCGGCGGCUGCUGCUGGAGGAGAUGGUGAAGGGGGAGGUGCUGAAGGCCAACAGCGAGCUCAGCCACAUCCACAUCCAGUCCAUGCUGCGGCGCUGGUUCAUGGAGACGGAAGGAGCUGAGAAGGGCUACCUCUGGGACAACAACCAGGUGGUGGUGGAGUGGCUGGAGAAGCACAUGCAGGAGGAGGAUGGCACCCAGUCAGCCAUCAGGGAGAACAUCAAGUACCUGAAGCGGGACUACAUCCUCAAGCACAUCCGGAGCUUGCUCCAGGCCAACCCCGAGCUGACCAUGGACUGCAUCGUGCAGAUGGCUCAGCACAUCACUGGGCCACAGAAGGCCCAGGUCGCCCAUCUCCUGUCCAGGGUGGACACUGAUGACCCCUCCUGAGCUGGGCAAUCACCAUGGGGUAGGAGAAGCUCCAGGACACAGCCAGACCUCACCUGCCACCUGGUUCCUCAGCCCUUGAACUGAAGCCUUGGACUCUUGCUCAUGUGCCUAAAUAAAGGACACCAGUGCUUUUAAGUAUUUUAAGCUGUGGAGAUGGUCUUGCCAUCCAUGCAGAAUUCCCUCUGGCACUGGGGGUGCUGCCAGAGGGGCAGCUUGGCAGAAGAUGAACUUGUCCCAAGCCAAGCCUGGAAUCUGGACCUGGUGCAGAAUUUGGUUUUUAAAAGAAUCCAAAAUAUUUUCCUGUUUUAAUUGCCAGCCCUUGGUCUUUCAAACAAGCACCAGGUCAGACACAUCUCAUGAGACUGGAACAGAGCUGGAGGCACAGACCCCUGGUCAGGGCCAGUGUCCAGCUGGCUGGGUUCAAGCUGACCAGGCACCAAGACCAGGAAAUGAGAAGCAGCCUCCAAGUGAUGCUUUAUAAACUGUGAGGAGCAAUUUCUGUCAUCCUUCCCCUUGCUGUGGGGCAAAGAGUAGAUGUGGCUAGGAGCAGCUGAUGGUCCAGGAAAGACCUAAGUGAGCUAAUCUGGGAGCUACUCCUGUGGGAAUGUCCAAGGAUCCACCAGGCUUUGGCUGACCUGGCUGUGCCUCUCACCCAUCUUGUGUCUUUUCUGGCUCCUGAAGAGCAUGGAGAGGAGGGAGGAUGGCUCCAGCUUCUCCUGCCCCAGUGACCUAAUUCCUCCUUGGAAGCAGCAGAGCCAGGGGAAGCUGUCACCUGCUGGGACCUGUACCUGCUGCUCAGGUAGCCUUUGAUCAUCUUCAUCGUGGAGGGGAAAUUUGAAGUUUUCCAGUGCCUCUGGCUGUGUCAUUUCCCGAGCACAGAUUUACCUUGGGCUCAAAAGGAGGAGGUGGGAUGGCAAUGGAAGGUGGGACACCUGGCUCAAGUGCAGUGCUGGUAUUGCCCCGGGGUGAAGGUGUUGGACACCUCCUGGGGCUGGGCUGGGGGAUCCCACAGAGUCUGUAGGAGGUCUCCCUGUCCUGGGGUGGGGAUGGGAAGGGUCUUGUGAGUCAAUUCCUGGCUGGAAGGUGUCACUGCUGACAGGCAAUAAAGUGAGCUCAGCUCCUAGGGAA